AUGACGGAAAGCGAAACCUCAUGUGAGGAGGCCGCAAGACUGACGGCAGAAGGGGCAGCAGCCGAUGCCGAUGACGAUGAGGCCUACGACUAUGGUGCUCUGCCACCGCCUCCUGAUGGAGGCUAUGGAUGGGUCGUCGUAUUCGCCUCUUUUAUGUGUAAUAUGAUUGUGGACGGCAUAGCAUACACAUUUGGUAUAUUCCUUCCCGAAUUGGUGACGUAUUUCGGAGAAGGCAAAGGCACUGUUGCUUGGGUAGGCAGUUUGCUGUCUGGAGUUUAUCUCGCUGCUGGUCCAGUGGUGUCGGCGUUAUGCAACAAGUUUGGGUGUCGAGCGGUGUGCGUGGCAGGCUCCAUUAUAGCGGCGAUUGCUUUCGUUCUUUCCACAUUCAGCAAGAGUGUUACCAUGAUGAUGAUAACCUACGGAUUAAUAGGAGGUCUCGGUUUCGGUAUGAUCUACCUCCCUUCAGUCGUGGCCGUGGGGUACUACUUUGAAACUCGGCGUUCUCUAGCCACGGGUAUCGCUGUAUGUGGUUCAGGUGUAGGAACCUUCAGUUUUGCACCUCUUGCCGCUAUUUUACUCAAUGAGUUCGGAUCCUGGCAAAAUGCUAACCUUCUUUUAGCCGGUCUGAUCCUCAACUGCGCGGUCUUUGGUGCACUCAUGAGACCUUUGGUUUACCCCAAGACGUCUGGUGAAAAACCUCUGCUCCAACGUAUGGCGGAAGAAAAAAGACUGCAAAUGGAGCGAGGUUCAAUUGGUGGUUCAUACUUUGUUGUGCAAUUACCUGAUGGUACUAUGGAGAAGAGGCUGAAGGUGAACGUUGUAGAAGAUUCUGCGCCAUUAAACAUCGACCCUGGAGUUCACUCAUCACUUAACUUAGAAGCGUUAGCGCGCGUACCGACAGUGCCCAAUAUGCCCGGUGUGCCAACCGUCCCCACACUACCCACAAUCACUGAAGCCAAAGUUGUUGAUGACAAACAGGAGAAGAAAAAGGGCGAAAAUGGCAACAUUACCGUCAACCCACAACAGAUGUCUCGAAACGUGUCAUCCCCAGCCUUCAGUGCGCAUGCGCCGGGUCUGCCUAAGAACGGUUCCGUUCCGUUCUUCGACCGCCAGCGCAAGCAGAGCACUGGCGACAGGUCCGGUGAUAGAUUCAAACCGUCCUUAGCUGCUAUCAAAGCCACGUCCAAAACCUCCAUGAGCAGUCAAUAUCGCAACGCCGAGGGUGACGCAGAAAGUAUGAUGUACAACUCCAAGUUGUCCGUUGCCGGCCCUAAGGAACCCUCGCGAAUGGUUCGUCCCAUGUCGCGUAAAGACAUCUUCUACUCAGGAUCUGUACUUAAUCUGCCUCAGUACCAGAGUCAGAAAUCUUUGCAAGGAUACAGAAACUCAGUGUUGAGUUUGCCGCAAAGCAGGCAAACUGGGGACUUGGAGAGACAAGAACAAUAUGACCUAUGUCCAUGCCUCGGUCUCCCGAGUUCGUUCAAAUCGGCGCUAGCGUCGAUGUUGGACGUGAGCCUGCUGCGCGACCCCGCCUUCAUGCUCAUCGGCGUGUCCAACGUGUUCGGCAUGGCGGGGCUCUACGUGCCCUUCGUCUACAUUGUCGAUGCUGCCACACUUAGUGGUGUGGAUCCGUCCCAAGCAUCUUUCCUGCUGUCAAUAAUCGGUAUAACGAACACGUUCGGGCGUAUCGCCUGCGGUUGGGUCGCAGACUUCCCUUGGAUGGAUUCGCUCUUGCUAAAUAAUGUUUGCCUUAUUAUUGCUACGAUUUCCGUUGGACUGACGCCAUUCGCCUAUUCUUAUGGCUCAUAUGUAGCGAUUGCUGUUGCUUUUGGAAUCGCAAUUUCGGGCUACAUCUCGCUGACGUCGAUCAUCCUGGUGGACCUGCUGGGGCUGGACAAGCUGACGAACGCGUUCGGUCUGCUCAUCCUGUUCCGCGGCGCCGCGGCCAUGGUGGGGUCGCCGCUGGCGGGCGCGGUGUACGACGCCACCAAGAACUACGACGCGUCCUUCUACAUGGCCGCCGCCUUCUUCCUCGCCAGCACGCUCACCUCCUUCGCCGCGCCUUGGUUCCGCAGGAAACAGGAGGAAGUGGUACCUAACACAGAUAUCCUGACCCCCAUAGACGAAGACCUUGAAGAAGGUGACGAAGAGGAUCCUGACGAUACUCCCAUCACCAUGGGCGCGCUGGCCAACAGACCACCCGCCAUCACUCGUACCGCAGCCUCCCCCUCCGAACCCCCCUCGCCCAACAGUCACGACGCUCAGGAACCACAGAGAGAGAGUGUCCUGUAA